AUGGAGCUCCUUGUGUUCCUUGCCCUAGUUCUCGUAGGCUUCUCCGUCAUACUCCAGCGACGUAGGAGCUACAGCAGUGCUAAGCGUGCUCGUGCUCCAGCUCCAGUCGUCAUCCAGAAGAUCGGCGACCCUGCCGUCGUCCACCGUGCGCUCGUCGAGAACGCCGACGACUUCUCGAACCGCCCGUUGGCGCCCUUCCUCAGAUAUCUGGCCGAGAGAAACGGCGGUCGACGCGGUGAGAGUCUAGCCUCCGUUUCCCAUAGCCCGCUCUGGCGUGCUUUCCGCUGCAACCUCACCUCCGAGACCCUCCACCCGUCGCGCCUCGGACACCUCGCGCCGCUACAGCGCGAGGGCAUCGAGGCCCUCGUCGCCAGCUUGUCAUCGUCUGCCGCCGCCGCCGGAGAGGGUGCCAUUCCCGUCCGUGAGCACCUCUCCGACGCCGUCUUUCCAGUCAUCGCGCGCCUGUGCUUCGGCGACGGCGUCGACGGGUGCCAUGUACGCGCCAUGGGCUCCGUGAUACGGAGCUUCCAGCAGAUCGCCGUCGGAGAGGCCAGGGCCUCGCCUGGCACCCUGCGGGCAAGGUUCGCCGAGUGGAGGCGUCUACGGCGGCUCCUGGCCCUGCACGGCCGGUUGGGUGAGCUGUUCCUCCCUCUCGUUGCCGCACGGCGGGAGUCUCGAGGGCCAUGCAACGGCCUUCGUCCGUACGUAGACUCGCUCAUCGACCUACGCGUACCCGUCGACGGGGACGACGGCGGUGGGCGGCGCGGUGUUAGGGAUGACGAGAUGGUUAACCUCUUCUCCGAGUUCCUUGGCGCCGGCGCAGGGACCAUCGGGGCAUGCCUCGAAUGGACCCUCGCUCACCUCGUAAACAGGCAGGACAUCCAGCAAAAGCUUCGUGAGGAGGUCGACGGAGGGGAUGUCUUCCGCAGGAGCCUUAUCCGUGGCAUGCCAUAUCUUAACGCCGUGGUGCUGGAGAGCCUCCGCCUGCAUCCGCUCGUGCCGUUCAUGCAGCGCCACGUCCAGGCCGACGUCGCCGAGAGGGUGGUCGGAGUCGGAGGAACGGCAACCGUACCGGCGGCGGCGGCGGCUGCGGCGGCGGGCGACGUGCUCGUGCAGUUCACUCUGGGGGACAUCGGAAGGGACAAGAACACGUGGAAGGACCCCGACGAGUUCCGGCCUGAGCGGUUCCUGCCCGGUGGCGAGGCAGAGGACGUCGGCCCUCUGCCCGGUCCCAGGGAGAUCAGGAUGGUGCCCUUCGGCGCGGGGCAUCGGUUCUGCCCUGGAUCAGGUGUGGCCAUGGUGAACAUCAAGUGUUUCUUGGCUGCGCUCGUGCGGGAGUUCCAGUGGGCGCCCCCGACGGAGGAUUGUGCUGCAGUCGACCUCACAGAGCUGGACACAUUCAUCAAGACGAUGAAGAAGCCGCUCUCCGCGCGUCUCACUCCACGCGUUUUGUUAUGA